UUUUUUUGACCGCUGUAUGUCGAUCUACGACCCGUUUGGUUUUGUGAGUGACUUUAUGGUGACGUCGAAAAUUAUAAUGCAAAGUGUGUGGAAGUCUGGUAUACAAUGGGAUGAAGAGCUCCCUAAAGAAAUAUAUGGCCGCUGGAAGUUUUGGUUAGCCCAAUUGCCAAAUAUUGUGAAAUUCAAUGUGCCAAGGUAUUAUAAUCCAACAUACCAUAAUAAUGAUGUCGAACUUCACAUAUUUACUGACGCUAGUGAGGAUGCAAUGGCUGCGGUGGGUUAUUGGCGUGUGAUUUUACAACGGUGCUGCAGUGGAUCAGGUCCGACCACAGGAUGUACAAACAAUACGUGGCAAAUCGAGUGGCGGAAAUUUUAGAAAGCAGUCAGGUGGAACAAUGGAGGUGGUGUCCAGGUCCAAAUAAUCCCGCAGAUGAGGCAACAAGGGCAAAUCUAACCAAAGAGUAUGACCCGAACGGAAGAUGGAAAAAUGGCCCAAAUUUUUUAAUGAAAAAUGAGGUGGAGUGGCCGAAUGAAACAAAAACAAAUUCAGGUGCUGAUCGAGCAGAUUAAAAAGGACUAUGGCGUGGGUGCUUCGGUACAUGCAUAAUUUGAGGUGUAAAUUAAAACAAAGUGCUGGUAGAUCUGGAGAGCUGUCAGUUGAUGAGGAAGAAGAAGCAGAGAAGUAUCUGUAAGCAAGUACAACAAGAGAUGUUUGGAGACGAUUUAGCCGAUCUUGCUACAAGACAAAGGUUGUCAGAAAAGAGCGAACUCAAAUCAUUAAAUCCGUUCAUGGACACCGAUGGUCUGUUACGUGUUUCCGGAAGAAUUGAUAAUGCCACUUUCUUGUCUCUCGAUGCCAGAAGGCCGAUAAUUCUACCAAAAAAUCACCUGUUUACCAGCCUUUUAGUGGAAUCCUACCACGUUCGUUUUUGCCACAUCAAUGUUGCCACAGUUAUGAGAGAAGUUCGACAAAGGUUUUGGGUGCCAUCUCUUCGUCAGCUUUUGAAUAAAAUCAAGCUCAGAUGUCCUAUGUGCAAAGUUAGUCGAGCUAAGCCUACACAACCGCAAAUGGCUCCAUUACCUGUGGAUCGUAUUACCCCAUAUGUGCGACCUUUUUCAUAUACCGGCCUUGACUAUUUUGGCCCUGUCAAUGUUACCAUUCGCCGUCGUAAAGAAAAGAGAUGGGUAGCCCUAUUUACCUGUUUAACCAUCCGAGCCGUCCAUCUUGAAAUCUCCACCGAUCUGUCUAGCGAUGCCUGUCUGCUUUGUAUACGGAAUUUCAUCAACCGAAGGGGCGUUCCAGUGAUGAUUCGAAGCGACAAUGGGACAAAUUUUGUUGGCAUCGCCAAAGAGCUCCAAGGUACGUCUAAUUUUCUCGAUAUUAAUGAUUCGUUUCGUUCAAGUAUGACGGCUCUUGGCAUUAAAUGGGUUUACAAUACACCAAACAACCCUAGUGAAGGCGGCGUUUGGGAACGCUUAGUCCAGUCGGUGAAGAAGGCCUUGUAUGCGAUGUUGAAGGAACAUGCGCCGAAAUUGGAAACCCUUCAAGCUCUGCUCAUAGAGGCGGAGAAUAUGGUGAAUGCGAGGCCUUUAACUCAUAUUUCUGUUUCUCCUGAUGAUUCGGAGCCAUUGACACCCAAUCAUUUCAUUCUUGGAUGUCCCAACUCAACUCAUACACAAGCACCUUUUGAGCCAAGGCUAAUGUGCUUAAGAAAACAAUGGCAAGUGUUGCAGAACAUGAAAAAUGGCUUGUGGAAUCAGUGGGUGCGUGAGUAUCUGCCAGAUUUGACCCGACGCUCAAAAUGGUGUCUGCCUUCUCAGCCAAUGAAAGUGGGAUGCCUAGUCUUCUUGUGUGAUGGUGAGCUGUCGAGAAGUCAAUGGAAGAGAGGUCGAGUCAUCCAAUUGUUCCAUGGCAAAGAUGGUGUGGCAAGAUCAGCUGAGGUCCGUACUAGUGCAGGUGUAUAUCGUCGUCCUGUUUCGAGAUUAGCUGUCCUUGACGUUGAAGCGCAUGAUGGUGAAGCCUCCCCCUCUGGGUCAGUUCACGGGGGUGGGGAUGUUGGUGAGGGUAACCCCGGUGUUACCAAUAAUUGAAUCAACUGUCAACAAUUCGGAGAAAUGGAGAAAUUUCCCCAGCCAACAACGUCAUUUUGUUUAUUUAUUUUUUGUUGUAAUUUAUAAUCAUCUCAUUGGUAUAAAUAAGCCUGUUAGCCCUUUAUUAGCCUCUUUUGUCGCUAUAGUAAAAAAAAUAAGUGAGUCAAGUGCUUUGUAUAAAGUUUAAAUUUUCAUAAUUUUAUUGUGUUAAAUUCAUUUUAAAAUGUUUAUUAUUAAUUGUUUUUCUUUCAAUUUAAUAUUUGCUUAAAGAGAAUAAACAACCCCUAUGUUAACAACAUCAACAACGUGAACAUCAACGGCAUUGUUAACAACAACGAUCACUCAUUAACCAUCAAAUAAAAUCUUUUAAUUUGCCAAACGGAA